UGGCCACAAAGAGGGAUGAGAGCACAAAUGAAGAUAACACCUUCUUCCUCACUGAAGGAGAAAGACCAGAAGAAGAAGUAAGGAGUUGCAGCAAUGGAGGUGUGUCUUAAGGCCAGCACCAUCACUACCACCGUCUGCUCUUCCCUCCCAUUCCCUUCUUCCGCCAGGGACAUCAACGGCCUCCACAAUUUGCCGACAUGCUGCAGAGGGAUGAAGACGGCAACCCUCUCCUCAUCCGCCUCCUCCCUCUCUUCUUCUUCCUCCUCUUCAGCUCCGGCGCGCUUCGCCGUCCCGGCGGUCAGGACAAGGCGGGCCUCGCGCAUCCUGUGCCAGGCUCAAACGCCCACCGACCAAGUUUUGGUAGUCACUGAACAAAGCUGGAACGACUCGGUGAUCGAGAGCACGACGCCGGUGUUGGUCGAGUUCUGGGCUCCCUGGUGCGGGCCGUGCCGGAUGAUCGAGCCGGUGGUCGACGAAUUGGCGAAGGAGUACGCCGGCAGGGUGGCCUGCUUCAAGGUGAACACGGAUGACUGGCCCUCCAUUGCUACUGAGUAUGGAAUCAGAAGCAUCCCCACAGUGCUCCUGUUCAAGAAUGGAGAGAAGAAAGAGACCGUGAUAGGAGCCGUGCCCAAGUCCACCUUGGCUACCACCAUUGAGAAAUAUUUAUGAAAAACAACUUUGUAAAAACUAUUAUUUGAAUCUUCAGCGUUGAUACUGUGUUGACUGCUUGCAAUUGUUGUUAUAAUUCAAUAUAACAUGCUGUUGAUAUAAAUUUUUAGUUAUCUUUUCUUUAA